AACAAACGUAACUAGUCCUGCUGCAGUUUUUUAAUGGAAUAGCAUACAAGAAGUUCUAAACAGUAUAGUGUCGUCUACCUUACAGAAGAAAAAUGAGCAAACAGCAUGGAAAAUCAGGUGUUAAAUCUGAAGCAAUAGUUGUGAUAAGAAAAGGAAAACCUCAACUAAAACUAGAUCGGCUUGAAACAAUUCUUCACAACUACCAGGACCAUCCUGUUGCUAUCAUAAGUGUGUUCGGGGAACAUCGAACGGGAAAAUCUUUUCUACUAAACUUCUUAUGUCAAUAUCUGCGAGAAAAUCAGUCUGCAGAUUGGUACAAAAAGAACUAUGUAAAGCUGGUUAAUACGUUUCAUUGGAAAGGCGGCGUUGAACGCGAUACGACUGGAAUUUAUAUGACAGACAAACCGUUCAUGCUAAAGAAUGACAAGGGGCAGGAUAUAGCUGUGUUUUUGAUGGACACGCAAGGUUCGUUUCAGAAGAAGUUUAAGACAGGCGAGUGCUCGCUCAUGUUUGGGUUGAGCACUUUAUUGAGUUCUGUACAUGUCUACAACUUGUCAUCAGGAUUGAUUCGGGAUAACGACUUUCAACAUUUAGAGGUGUUUAAUAAGUAUGCCCAAGCUCUCACUGAACGUAAUGGUGAAGGAAAUGCUCCCAUUCCAUCCCCAUUUCAGGGUCUGAUGUUUCUGGUUCGAAACUGGGAGAUGUCAGAUUAUGAACCUGGCAGCAAAGGAGGGAUGGAAUAUUUGACGGAAGUUAUAAAAGCAGAGGAAGAUGGAAACGAUUCAGUACGAAAGCAGAUCAUGAAAAGUUUUUCCGACGUCCGAUGUCAUUUGUUGCCACAUCCUGGGGUAAAGGUUACUAAAUACAAAGACAGCAGUCGUUCCAGCAUUAAGCUAGCAGAUCUAGAUGAGAGUUUUCUUGUUGGAGUGGAUGAUCUUGGUAACUGUUUGUUUUCAAAAAAAAAUUUGCUCGUAAAACAACUUAAUGGUGGAACUUGCACUGGUAAAGAAAUUAUGAAGCUAGCAUUGGAAUUUAAAGAAAGAAUCAAAAGUAGUGAUACUCCCAAUGUUCAUACAUUAUUAAAGAUAAAUGAAACAGUUGGAUUUUGUCAAAAACUUCAAGAUUUUGAAGCGGAAUAUGAAAAAAAUAUGAUAACUAAGAUGGGUGAAAAUUAUAUGGAGCCCAAAAUGUUGUUAAGCCUUCAUGAAGAAUGCCAGGAAGAGACAUUAUCCAAAUAUGCAGAACAUGAAGGGCUUACUGAAGAGAAAAGUUUGGCUAAUAAAAACUAUAUGAGACAAUGCUUGAGUGUUGCAUUUAAAGCGAUGCAACAUAAGAACAAUGCACGAAAGGAAAAUGAAAAGAUUUUAAUUGUCGGAAAAGCAGCUCUUGCAGUUGAGAAUGUAUAUUUGGAUGAAAUGGAAAAGGUUGCAAGCGGCCAGUAUUUGGAGGAUCUGACUACAGCAAGAGAAAAAGCUGUGAAAGCAACAGAAGAAUUAUUUCAAGCUUCCACUCUUGACUGCAACCAGGACUUGGUUAAGAAGUGCACGAAGGAUCUACACAAUGCUGUCAAAUCAAAACACCGGGAAUUUAAAAGAAAAAAUGCAGAAAGAUUGGAAACACUAGAUCAAAAACUGUCAAUGUUGGUUGUUGAAACUGCAAUGAGUUAUGAAGCUUUGAUGGAAAAGGAGAUUAAGAAAACCAAGUCCGAGGCAGAUUUGGAUCGCGCACAUCAAAACGCACACAAGGCUUCAGUAAAAAAAUUUGAGGAGAAUGAUCUUGUUAAAGGAUUGGGGUUAAAGUGCAAGAAAGAUAAAGUUCAAUCUUUGAGUGACAAAAUCACAGAGUGUUUUCAAACAUUGAAAAAAGGUACAGAAACACCGAAAUCUGAAAAUGAGGAACAGCCUGAGCAGGACAACAAAAUGAAUUACGUACAGCAACAAAAAGAAGCUCAAGCACUAUUUGAAAAACGCAAAGAACUGGCAUUGAAUUACUCAACAGCAUAUAACGACCAUAAAGAGAAAUAUGUAGAAGAUGGUGAACUUUACAAAAUCCACAUAAAAGCCAAACAACAAGCGUUAAAAGCAUUCAGCGACUUUGGGAAAGACAUUUCUUCGGUAGCUAUUGAAAACUAUUGGGAAAAUAAAGACGCUCUUGAGCAAGAACUUGAGCAAUUGUUUGAUCAAGUGAAAGAAAACAACGUUAAAAAUAAGAAAAACAUUGAAAGGAGUCUCAACCCAUUUUAUGAGGAAUUAUCAGCAGACUACUUGCGUACAAUGAACAAGGCAUCUAGAAAUGCAAGUGAUGCAACUUUGGGAACCUUACAUGAAGUGCUUGUGUCUUCUAUAAAUGAGGAGUUAAAUGUUGAAAUCCCGUACGAAAACAUUCAACAAAUUGCGAUUGCAACUUGUGAGGGAAUGUUGAGAGAACAGCAAGAUGAAGUGAACAAUGGAAGAAACAUCUGGAAAGAAUUAAUGGACCAAGCCGGUGCUUCUACUGUUGGUUUAAGCGUUGCAAAGACAGGAUCAAAAGAUGGAAGAGAUUCAGUUGCAAUUGAAAGCAUUCUUGCAAACUUCAACGUAAAUAUUUCUCAACUUGCUUCUAUCCAAUUCUUGAAAUCUAUAAAAUUUUAAUCAGAAUAUUAUUUUUUGUUGGCCUUUAAUUUAUCACUGUGAUUAUCAUUGUAUUUAUGAUUGUCUUAAUAAUGCUCAAAAAAAACAUUAUAAAAAUUUUAAUUAGAACUUGUUUUUUGUUGGUUGCUUUAAAACCAAUGUUAUUAUAUCAUUGUAUUAAUAUAAAUUUUUUUAACAAAAAUAGUUAUAAUAUAAAUUUACUUAAUUUCUAAUCCUAGGCCUUGUUUUUUGUAAAUGCAGUAUGUGUUGGUAAGUUGCAUAAUAAUAUGAAUAUUCAUUUCAAUUUGUUUGCUAUUUAAUGAAUAUAUAUUAUAAUUCCACUUUCUUACAAUACAUUUACUUCUUACUUAUUUCCUAAUUAUAUUUCUGUAUUGCAAUCUGAUUUUAAGAUAAAUUAAGAAAUCCAAUUAUUAUUUUAAUUGGUUGUAUUUUUAAAUGUUGCCCAUAUAUCACUGUAGUUUCCAAUUUAUUGAUUGUAUAUUAUGAUUCUAUUUCUUACUGAUCCUAUGGAUAAUGGUUGCAUUUAUCUGCCUGUCAAUUUUAUUUGGUUGAAUUUUAAAUAAAUAUUCUAUAAUU